AUGCAGCCGCUGCUCCGGCUCGCGCUCCUUCAGCCCGGGCAGCCGGGCCAACACUGCCACAUGCCUGUGACCCAGACGCCGGGAGAGAAAGAGCAGCCACCCCACGACAGCGGUGGCGGCGGCGGCGGCGACCGGAAAAACCCGGGCUGGAGCUCGGACUGCUCUGCGCGCACCCUUGCCUGCCUCCACCACGGCGGGCGGGGGCGCGCACUAGGGCCCAGUAGAACGGCUCCUGCAAAGAAGGGUGGCGAGAAGAAGGGCUGUUCUGCCCUCAACGAGGUAGUGACCAGAGAAUACACAAUCAACAUUCACAAACGUAUCCAUGGAGUGGGUUUCAAGAAGUGUGCCCCUCAGGCACUCAAAGAGAUCUGGAAAUUUUCCAUGAAGGAGAUGGGAACUCCAGAUGUGCACAUUGACACCAAGCUCAACAAAGCUGUCUGGGCCAAAGGAAUAAGGAAUGUUCCAUACCGCAUCCGUGUGCGGUUGUCCAGAAAAUGUAACGAGGAUGAAGAUUCACCAAACAAGCUCUAUACGCUGGUUACCUACGUACCUGUCACCACUUUCAAAAAUCUACAAACUGUUAAUGUGGAUGAGAACUAAUCGCUGAUUGUCAAAUAAACGUAUGAAACUGCAA